GGCGCAUGAGCCGUCGGCCGCUUUAGCGCAUCUAUUCUGCUGCCUUGCCGAGGAUAAAAAGAAGAGCAACUGGAGGGACUAUAAGGCAAACGUUGCUGGAGCUGCCGGGGCAAAGUAAUCUAUUUAAUCUUUCCCUUUAUUUGUUAGAUGCUCGGGGGUGCGUCGCUAGCAUUGGGCCACGGCUUCUGGAGGGAGGGAGGGGGGCCGGGGAAGAAGGGAGGGAAGGCAAAACCCACUUGGGAAAGGCCGAUGCUGGUUUUUUUCUUCUUUUUUUUCUCCCCUUCCCUCUUCUUCUGCUCCUCCUCGGUGCGGGAGCCCCGCGCCGCUCCCCGCGCCCCGCAGCCUUUGUGCGCCGCGACAAAGCAACAAAGCGCGGCCGGGCACAGCCUGCCCAUUGAUUUCUUCCCGGCCCCGCCGCUCCUGCCCACCCUUUUCUUCUUCUUCUGCCGCUUCUUCUCCUUCUCCUGCUCCCUCUGCCGCCUCGCCCUGCCCGAAGCCGCCCGGGCGGGUGCGCGUCCGUUCCCGGCCCCACCGAGCCCCGCGCAGAGGAAAUUUCUUUCUUUCUUUCUUUCCUCUCUUUUUUUUUUUUUCCCCUCCUUCUUCCCCCUCUCUCGCUCGCUUUCCCUCUCGCUCUCUCUCUCUGCCCGCCAUCUUUUGAAAGGGAAAAAAAAAAAUUCGGAGCGAGGGAAAAGAAGGGCUGUAGGCGCUCUUAGAAAAUAAGAAAGGAGGAGAAAAAAAAAGGGGGAAGCAGAGAGGGGGGAGAAAGAGAGGGAGAAGGAAGGGGGGGGAGAGGAAGCAAACGGGCGGGGAACAGGCGCUGGGGCUCGGGGCCGGCCGAGCGGAGCGGCUUUGGGGCUCAGCCCGCGGCUCCCGGCCAUUUCCCAGCGCCCCGGAGCCGCGCGGUGCCGCUCCGUGCGUGGCUCGGCCGGCGGCGGUCCGCGGGACUCGGGCUGCACGCGGGGAGCGAGGGUUUGUUGCUUCAACUUUGUGCGCCUCGAUGGUGUACGCGGCGACGUGGCUCGCGGGUUGGAAUAAAACGCAAAACUUCAAACCGGCCGUGCUUUUCCUUCGUUUCUACUACUUGUUAGCUUUUGCACCUCUCUGCGCGCCGCUGAUAGAGCGUUGUUUGUAGGCUGCUUGGUUUCACUUUCAGACAAAGCUUCAGUGUUCAGGUCGCGGAUCUCCGAGCGUCCCUAAGCUGUGAGGCUGAGCCCUGCAGGGUCCCUCUGAGUGCCAACAGGCGCUGCUCGGCUGGGUGCGCUGGGACAGCCCUUUUCUUGGUGUCUGCAGGAAGCAGAAGUUGCUGAAAUAAACUUUAUUUUUGGAUAAGCAAACAGAUGGGCUUCACUGAUAUUUGUGAUGUUUAUAAAUUGUACGUGUAAGUUGCUUGACGUUGGUAAAGUUGGGGGGUAAUGCAAAUAGCACAGCACACCUGCUGUUGCUUGCUGGGAAUAGAGAAGUAUGUUUUUGUAGGCUUGUUAGUGCUUUGAAUGUGUUCAGUGAGUGUGCUAAGGGGGUAUCUCUAAACUGGGGAGUUGGGUUUAACGCUGAAACCCUUAUCCCCUGUUUGCUCAAGUGGAGGUAUUAGAGAAGACCCUGACUGCUGUAUGUGCUGCAUUGUGAGAAGUGUGGGGUGGACGUACACCAUUCAAAACAAACAAAUCCCCGAUGCAGUCUGCUUGCACUACAAGCACAAACCCACGAUCCGUAUUGUUUGCAGCUCCCAGUAGCUCGGCUGUGCUGUGUGUGCAGUGCUGCCUGCUGCUGUUUUGUUAGCUGAAGUUUAGGGAGUUCUCCUUCUGAAACAGUGUAACUUUUGACCUCCCAGAUUUCCUUUUUUCUAAAGGAGGAAUGCUAAGCUUCUAUUUUCUUUCUCUUUACUCCUUGCUGGUUGAAAACACACACUGUAGUGCUUCGAGACCACGCUUAGUAGAACGGUUGAAGGGAGGUUAAUGGUGUUAUUCAACAUUCAGCGUCAGCUUGAUUGCAAUAUUGUCUUCUAAACUAUCUGUAUAGCACUGGGUGCUCAAGCUAUCCCAACUGAAAGGGAUUGUUGCAGUGACCUAUGCCUGCAGAGUUUAAAUUCAGAAUGCACGUACAAAUACAAUAUGUGUGAAAUAGCUGAGGUUUGUUUUCAAAACUGACUUUGGCGUCUGAGCUGCAUUAGUCUUAAAUAAAAACUAAGCUCUGCUGCUGCUGGACAUAAUUGUGAUGCUUUAGCACUUCCCAAAAGUGUUGGUUUGGUUGGUGUCUGCAAGCGCAGUGUAUCUCGGUGGGCUUCAUAACUGGAGCUUCCUUGGGUUGCUGUAACUACAUCAGGAGCAAUGAUUGAAAUCACAGUUAAUAAUCUAGCCAAAUACUGGCUUCCUGAGUUAAGAACUGCUUGUGAUAUCAUCCUUCAGCCCCCUUAUAACACUGGGAGCAGUACUGAGGGUCCGUGGCGUCUGCAGCCCCACUCCUGGCCUGCCUGCCCUGCAGCUCUGGGGCUGUGUGCUUCCCGGAGCCCUGCUCCUUCCCCCCAGAGUAAUUUGGGAGCUCACUGACAGCACAAACAACUCCAAGUCAAAUCCCUCUCCCCAGCAGCAGCUGAGUGAUGUAGUAGGGGCUCAUGUUUCAAAGGCUUAAUUACUUUGACAAAAUAUAUUACUCUGUCGACUUUGGUAAGCUAUCAGGUGAUUUCAGUAUAGGCAGAGCUGCACUUACCUAAACAAAGAGCAUUCUGCCUCUCAGCAUUGCUGUUUGUUUCUCUUUAAUCCUAGUUGCUCUUUCUCUUGCUCGUUUACAAAAUUCAUUAAUCUGCAGUGAGUUUCCCAAUCAUUACCAUGAACUGCAUGUUUUGUUGUGUUGGUUUUGUUGGUUGUUGGUUUUCUUUUUUAAAUUACCACAUUAUUCUCCAGUAAUAGCCCAGAACACCACUGCAAGCAAUAGAGUUCUGGGAAUUAGGAAGGAGCCAUUGUUUGCUGUGCUGCUCAGUGAGCUGUCAGGACAUUUUGGAAGGAUGUGUGCAUCUCAAGCUUUUCAUUCCACAGUGUCUUACUGUGAUGUUGCUGAGUUUUUGUCAGUCAUUAGUGCUUGUCGGAGAUGAGCAACUUUCUUUGGGGCACACUAACACUGCAGUGAAAGGGAGGAAGUACUCUUUAACCCACUUGCUGCUAAAGCCAACGUUAAAAGGAAAGGAUUUAAAUUCUUGUGGAGAACAGUAUGGAAAUUCACUGUAAUGUGCUGCUAAGGCUGCUUUUUCUCUUAGCUCUUGUUCCUUCCCCCAGUCUUGCUGAUAAGACACCAACUGAAGAAACACUCGCUUUUUUUGGAUUCCUUUCACACCUUGCUGGGCCUCAUUCUCUUUCUAGCCUGAGUCUGAUAAGACACCAUUGUGUUUGGAUGUAUUUCAGCAACACGGAUAACCUGGGCAGAAAGGAAGGUUUGUGUAUCUCGGUCCUUUGCUGGGACCAGGGCUUGGCAUUUUCCCCUUCACCAGGAUUGCAACAGGUGGAACAAAGAAAGAGAGGUGAAAGUUCUUUGAAAUGGGGACCAACCUGGAGCAACACAAACUGACUGAAAUGAUUCCUGAGUCCAUUUAUCUUCAAACUGUGAGAUUUAGAUUCAGUCCUAGCUGACACAGGUCUGCUGUGGAAAUGACCUUGUUUGCUCCUCUUUCCUUCAGAUCUUUUUGUUUUUCCAUCUUCCUAGCUUUGAAAGCUGGUUCUAUGUCUGAAGUUUAAAUUCACAGCACCUCACUGAUGCAGCUGCACUGGUACUCUUGCAGAGUGCUCCCUGACACAAUCACACCAGCAAGGAUGCACUUUGUGUGACUGACUCGACCUGUUGUAACCAAACCCCAGCAGUGCUGGAACAAAGGCACACUUUUCCUUGUGUAACUUUGUCUUUUUAUGCUAUCCUUGUAUACACCAUGGGAGGUGCCUGGAGGGAAUCACGCUUUCUCUCCACUCUCCAAUGUGACCAUGCCAAGAGAAAUCUGCUUUCUAGAACCGCACUGGCCAACAGAUGUCUAUAAGCAAGUGGGAAACUUGCAGUAUAGUGCUGGUUUGCUGGUGGGGGACUUGGAAUGCAGAUUUCUUCCUUAUCAAGGCUGGUUUGGGAGCUCUGCUGUACAGUGGGCAGUAUGGAAACUGGUAUGCUGAAAAUACAUUUGUUCUAUGCUAUAGGCGCAAGAGUUGUGUGUGGGUAUAAGAGAGAAUGCUCUUUCUUAUUGGAAAGCCUUGCCUUUUGGCAGCUUUUGGUGUUUACGCUUCUGGUUAUGGUCUGUGAAACGGCUGUAAAAGUGCAGCUCUUCAAGUUACUGUGUGAAAGAGGGUCUGCUCCCCCAAGUUUUUGCUGGAGUGCUUGUCUGACUGUGGGUUUUAGAGGUGAGCAAGUGUGCCAAGAGCACAGCUCCCUGAGCGGUCAGUGGAGAGAGCUGUGUUCCUUUCCCCUUUGUGCAGUGGGAGCACCCUCCUGCCUGGGGCUGGUAGACAGCAAGGGCACCUUCCCCUGUUAGCAACGUAGCUCCCCGCAUAGGCAGGGAUAAUAGAAUUCCCAAUACAUUUCCCACCCUUUUUUUUGCUGACUGCUUGAGAGUUUAAAUGAGAUGCAUAAAUGCAGGCAGUUGAAACUGCCUUAUGUCCUCUGGAGGAGUGACAGCAGCUUAGCUAGCACAGUUGAUCGCACCCGAGCUGACCUGCAACUUCCUUGCAUAGUUGAGCAAAUUUAUGAUGUAUCCAAGCUUAGCAAAAGCAGUGAGGCACCUUUCACAUGAAAUAGACCACCUGUACUCUUUUGCACUUGUUUGCAUAUAUUUACUUUAACACUGCGUUAUCCUGGGACAAUGUGCUUGUUAGGACGUGGUGCUUAAAUUGAUAUGGAAACAGAUAAAGCUAAGUUGGUGCAACCUGUCUAGGGGAACGUUUGUAGGGGAUGAAUGGUGGUCAUAAAUAGGAGGGCUACAGCAGUGUGAUACAUUCCUGCUCAUCUGUCAACCUGCAGUAAUUAACUUGGUGGGUGGGUAUACUUGCUCUGCCCCAUUACCAAGUGUAACAUUACUGCGGCUCAGCUAACAAGUAGUAAUUUUGUCAUAGUAAUUCCAUCCCUUUCACUUCAUUGUACUUCAUUGUCCAUUCCCUCAAAGUGACUUGAGUGUCAUAUACUGCUUUAGAUAGACCUCAUCUGCUUGGGAAAGUUGUGGUGCACAGCUCAGAGCACGUUUGAAACCAGCAGCAGCUGAUCCAUGCUUACUUCACUUCCAAUGUUUUAUGUCCCCAAACAAAUCUGCUCUGAAUAUAGUAUAAAAGUGUUUAAAAAUGAAUAAAAGGCUGCACUGGGGUAUAGUAUGUGCACAAAGGAGGUCUGCUGAUGAAAGAAGGUAUUUUUCUCUAAUGAAUCUCUUAGAUAGUUAUACUGUGUAGUGUGAAAUGCUUGUAAUGAGUUAGCAUACCAAUCUGUGUCUGUUUGUUAAAGUCUGUCUUCUCUGUCAGUGUUGGCAGGGAGGUACCCCUGAGGAUAACAUCUGUAACAUUUAUAAGUGGUGUUGGUAGUGCUGGUGUGCUGUCAUGCAGCAUUAGGAACUGAUGUUCUGUGGGCUAUAUAAAUGCAUGGGAAGAGACUAAUAGCUUUAUUAGUGAAUGAUAAGGAAGUAUUUGUAUCAUAAUUUUGCAAGUGGGGAACUGAAAAACCCACAGAAUAGGGAGUUAAGAACUGAGCUUGAAUGUCAGCAUCCUGUUUUCUAGCUUCUUUUUUGUAAUUGUUUGCAGGUAUAGCAGAAACUCUGAGAUACUCCGCCAAACAGGGAAGGAUUCACUCUUGCUUUCCCCCUUUAAGGUGCUUUGAGUCCAAUAAUCUCUGUCUUUGGAAAUGAAAGAGCAGAAAAAAAACAAUCAUGACACAACCUGUUGUGGAAAGAUUAUGUAUAAUUGACUCACAGUAUGCUGAGUCAAAACUCAUUCAUUCAGUUUUACUUUCAUACCAAAAGUACACAGAGCACCAUGUGCUGAUUAAAAAGGGAGAAGGGCAGACUCUUUCUUGGAGCACAACUGUUUAACUGCAGAUCUCAUCCUUUAAAAAGCAGAAAAAGAGGAUCCUGUGUGAGUGUACACACAUUGUAAUCCCGUUAAGAGUUCUGAAGCCUUUGUGGGUGUUGCCAUGUUAAGCUUUAAUGGGCGUACAUCUGUUUCUAUUAUGUCUGUAUCAUUUGAAGCUUGGAUUGGUGACAGUGUUGUUAUUUUUUAAAUAAUACAGCUGAAAAAUUGAUUGACUAACCUGAAACUGGCAUAGCUGAUUUCUGGAGUCACGGGAUGAAUCUGCAGUAGCCUCAUUUAUAGUGUAAGUCACUCUUUGGAGAAGUUUGGCUGUAGAGCAAUAGAUGAGCAGGAGGAGUUAGGAGAAGGAGCCUUAAAGGGAGAGGGAUGUUGUACAGAUGGGGAAGGAGGCUGGUGCUGACCUGCACUGUGAUUUUCAUUAACUUUGACCACAAUGUCUUGCCAAUCUGUGACACCUGCAAGUCAGUUGUGAGUACUGGUGUGAAGGAUGCUAAUAGUGGGUGAGUGCAGUUCAAACCCAAGUGAGCAAGUGGAUUUGUAGUUCUGACUGACUGUAAGGCAGGGAGUUAAAUGCAGAAGCAAAUAUGAAUAGAGGUGGAACAGUAGCUUCUGUCCAUCUGUGAAGUUUAAAGUGAUGAUGCAUAUCAUGAACAUCAAGGGAAGGAUGCAGCAAACUGCUUUUGUGCUGGUUCUGAAUUUGCAGGAUUGUUCAGUGCUUAGAAGUUGUGACCAAGUCUGUAGUCUUUUGUUAUACCCAUCAGCAGUGUUUAGUAUUUAUGUGAACAUGGGGAUUCCUUCCUUCCCUUGACUGGGAUCCAACUUCUUAAGGUGGUGUUUUAGGAAAUAUGAUGGGAGACACCAAAGUCUCCAUAAUAUUGUACACCUUAUGUUUGUACAGUGGGAAUUGUUCUGCUGCCAUGCUGUAAUGAAGCUGUAUCUUCAGGUCUGGGCAGUGUUGUCUAGAUUAACUAUCAACCUUCACAGUGGGAGUGCCCACAAAUAUAUCUCUUUCUGAACAAACUUUCCAACUCCAGAUAGCACUUAGCCUUCUUUGUCAUUGCAUCUCUCCCUAAUAGACAGCUAGAGAAGCGAGGGGGACCCAAAACUGUGCUUAGCCUGGGUUUGUGUCUUUGCCCAAACCUUCCUUAGAGGUUUAUUUUGGUGAGCUAAUUAGUUAUCUCUUGUAGGUGAUAAAUCUGCAAAACUCAUCUACAGAGCAGUGUGGAACCACAGAAACCAUGCUACUUAGUAAAGGAGAGAGUUGCUUAGUGCUGUGCAGGAUGAGACUUGAAGCGGUUACUGAAUCCACAGAGAUGUUGAGAUGUUUGCUGUCUGUGUUGUUGUUUAUACCAUGCUUCCAAUGUGCCUUCAGCCUCCCCCAGGACCCUCUCCAUCCUGCUGCUAACAUGCUGGGAGCUUGCACGGUAAGUGCCAGCACUUGGUUUUUGCCUGCUUUCUAAGGCUGCAGGACUUCUGCUGCACGUAGGCUUUUGGAGGACUGCAGUAACCCCUCCAAGAGCUAGAAAGUGCCAUAUAAGCACUCGCUGCAUGGCAGUAGCAGAUGUGUUGCAACGCACGAGGUACGAGACAGCAUAUGCUCAGAAGCAGAUUCACCUUCUUUUCUUUCCCUGUGAACCCUGACUGCCAGCUACCUGGCUUCUCUCUGGCUCUAUCCAUGAUUGAGAUGAUAUGGGUUCAGUCCUGUGGGUCACACAAGGUAACUGUUAUAUUUGCACUUCUCCUUGCUAGGUAGAAAUGCCACUAGAAGACUGCCCAGGCAUGUGAGUCUCCAAAACACCUUCCUUUCUAUGCUAAAUCUCUGUAAUGAAAUGAAAGCUGAGACAGAACUCUUUUUCAGCUGCCCCAGGUGUGUAAUUGGUAUAUCUUGUGAGAGGCACAGCCAUGAGGAUUUUCUCAUUAAGCACCUACCCAUUCCUAUCCUGUAGAUUGACUUUCUUCCCAGGAUGCUGAUGUGCAAGCCUCUAACUGCUUUACCCACCCUGAAACUUUUUCAUAGAUGGUUAUUUCUACUGCUACAACUAAGCAUUUAUUAAUGUUUUCAUUAUAAGUCACUCAGCUAAUUUGCUGAGAUACUUCCAAGAAAAAUUUCUGCAAGUGCAGUUUUCUUUAUUUCAGAAAUUUCCCUCCCGGGUGAGAUCUCCCAGUCAUGUACCCAAUACUAAGUAAACUCUUCAAACAGACUGACACUUUGUUUCCCACUGUAGCCUUGUUAGCAAAACUUCAGGACUCAAGAGCAUCUGCAAAACUGAAGUGAGGCUGAGUUCAAAUUUGUCUCUGUGUUUUUGGGGAACCACAAGAAAUAGUGGAAGAAAUGUCCAAAGGUCAUUCUGUCCUCACCCUGCUCCAAAGCAAGAUCAACCAUACGUAAUCCAUUGCAGAAGCAGGUUGUCUAAGCUCUUUUCAAAAGCAAAUUCUAAGCUAUGAGAAUAAACUUGUUACACUGUGAAGCACCACUCUGCAGUUGAAACUGCAGCCUUUAGAAGGCAAUUGAGCCCUAUAUGAUUUAGGUUGGAGAAGGUAUAUGACAUGCGUCUGAAUUCUUUCUCAGACUCAAUUAGAAGGUGCAUUCUGUCAUUAGCAGCUCACUGGGGCGAAAUGCGUCAGCCUGUAAUUAUCAGAAGGGCCAUCAUUUUAUUUGGGGUAUCUGGCAAAGUGCUUGUAGACCACAGUACUUUCAUAGACAGGAUCAAGUAACCCUUGGGUUCCCCUGAUUUUUGAAGCAUGAUGUAAGUCAUCUUAAAGCAACCUCAUUUGUGGGGUGUGAUGAGUAUGUAUUGGAGCUGAAAGCCCUUGAAACUUCCAGUUACACCUCUGGCUGACUCUUAUCUACUGGCUAGGAGUGGACAGGCUCCUGACUGAGGAAACACCUGCUCUUAUAAUAGCCAAGGAGAGACCAAGGGUGGGAAAUCCAUCUGUAUAAUCUGAUGAGCAUUAAACUAACCAAGUCAAAAGCUAAGGAACUGAGUUAAUCUGCUGUUCUUUUCCCCUCCCUCACACAGAGGUAAUUUAAGGGCACAGUUCCAUCUUUGAGUCUCAGGAUGUUACUGGGGCUGUACUCAAAAUGAUAUACAAAAAAAAGCUAAUCUUUGAUAUGUGGGAGACAACAGGGAUGACUGAAUGGACUUUCAGACUGUAAAACUGCAGUAUGCUAUAGGAGCACUCAAGCCAAAUUCCCAUUUCCUGCAUUGAGGCCAGGUGCAAAUGCUUCAUCCCCAGUCCUGAGGGGGUGGUAUGCUGUGUGUAGCAUGUGUGUGUCUGCCAAGGAAGUGCUGGCUGAUAAAGCAGCUUGUCUGCCCUCAAGUCUUGGUCUCAAGUUGCAGAUCCCUUUUCUUUCAAAGAGAAUAUCCCUGCUGACAUGGAGUUAGUAGGCAGUGAAAGCUGCCUGAAGCUCGAUUCCUAGACAGGGCUGUGAAGGAAAGCAGAGUGGGAGGAAGAAGAGGGCAUGCACCAGCUCUGUUUUCUUUUGGGCAGCCUGAAGGAGUGGUAAUAUAUUCCUGCUUUCUAUAGCCAUAGAUAUGAAAUGGAUGCAACUGUCUUCACAAUCUGAUCUGUUUUGACAGGUAGACUUUUUGGGCCAUACAGUUUACGUACUACAAUGAGUGGUGAAAUAAUUGUCUUCAAAAUAAUGAAGAUCAUUCCUGGGACUUCAAAGCUGCCUGGAUCUGGAUCUUGGUUGCUUUAGGGACUCUUUGGACUGAGUAGUAAUAGUAAGGCUUGGAUUCAACCCAGUAAGCCUCUAGACCUGCAUUUUCUUCCUUGAAGGUUUGCUUCAAAGGUGGUGGAAUUUACUUGGUUUGGAGGAAAAAGAGACUUUUGGGUAGGAGCAUGAUUGCCACCAAGCACUUGAGAUGAAAGCCAUGUCCCCAGUUUUUGGAUGGUGUUUCAUUUAUCCCAUGUGAUUUCUGGGUUCUCAAGUAAACCAAAUUCAUAUGCUGCCUCUUCUAAACUUUGUCUGGCUGCUGUUUAAAUUUUAUGCUCUGUACUUUCAGUUCUCUGCUAUCCAACAUCUUCCUGCUAAAGUGGCUCAUGCACUGAGUAAUGUAUAUGUAAUCACAGUGGUAGCAAGAAAAGAAAUCUUACUCUUCAAUUAGGCAACUCAGGAAAGGCUGGAAAGACAGUUCUGCUCACUGCCUGUUACAUGUUUUAUAACCAAAUACCUGUGUAUGUGUCUGUCUUGGAACUUGUGUCUGUGGGAAUCUGAUCAGCUGGCAAUCUUUCCCAGAACCCUAAUUUCUAAUUUCUGCACUUCAGAAGUAGUAGGAGUGUGCUGAAGCUCUCCCACGGCUGGAAGAAAGCCUGGGCAACACAAGCAUGCGCCUGCUGCUUCUCUGAGAUAGAGAAUAGCAUAUGGUGGCAAAUCUGACCAACUUUUCAGCUAUUGCUGCUGCCUUGGGAAAGGGAGCAAGCAUCUGCUCUGGUUGCUGCACAGAGCCUGGGUGGGGAGUGAUGCUUGGAGCUGCAGAGAGCAGUGCCUGCUCCCACUGCCUGGCUGCUUGAUUGUGAUCCUGCCUCCUUGCUGCCUUCAGAAAGCCUCUGGUUCUACCAUCCACACCAAUGAUGUAUCUCUGAGCAGCUGGCUGACAAAACCUGCAACUUGCGCUUUGGGGCUCUGCUGCAGUCCUCAUCACUGCAGCGUGCAGAGAGCAGCAGCUCCUCGAGGUAGGAGCAGGGUCUUACUGCAUGUCUGCAGAGUGCUGAGGGCCCUGGUCUGCAUGGCCUCUGUGCCACCAAAAUGUAAAUAAUGAUGUGUAGAUAAGGAUGAGGUCAAGGAACAUCUCUUCAACUUGAUAAUUUUCCCUGGUGGGAAGAUUUAUGUCACCGCUUCUGGCUGGGCUGGAAUUGCUCCAGGUUUUGGUCAGUGUCCAAGUAACCGUGCAGAAACACUAUGACAUAAAGAGUUGCCAGGCUCGCAUGAUAACAUAAAGCUGGCUACCUUCUAAUUUUGCAAUCAAAACAAAUAGUACCCUGUGCUACAGGAGGAGCAGCAAGGGAAUGAGCCAUCCGUUAAAUGUUCUGCAUUGCCAAAGGAAGUGGCGGAACCGUUAGCUGAAGCAGCAGGCUUACUGGCACAAUGUGCAUUUCAUGGGGCUUUAUGGCUUCUUUUAAAAUAGUCUCCACCACUGUAGACAGCCUGUGGGCUGCAUCAGCUGAGCAAAACAUUAUCCUACUAGGACAGAGAAUUACUGUUAUGUUUUUUUCAUGCCAGCUGUCUCUGCACUGACUGACCAAUGCAAGCAACUCCAUGAAAUAAAAGUUUAAAAACAAACAGAAAGCCAACCUUCCAACCUAGCUGUGUUUUCUGAUGACUGGUUUGGCUGAAGGACAGGCUAAACCUGGCAGCUUUGAGAUGGCAGCUUAGCAGAAAAGGACAGGCUUGAGAACUCCAGAGAAGUAGUAUUUGAUUGAAGGCUUGGGUUUUGCUUUUAAUUAUCAUCUCUAACUGAGAUGGGUAAGAAUAAGGAGAAAUACACAGUAUGAAAGCAGUGAAAACUCUUCAUUUAUGUUAGCAAGCGGUUCUACUUAAAAUCUGUAGUAUUAAAGGUGUAGUUGUGCAGCCAGAAAAAUCAAGAACAGCUUCUGUCACUUGAACAUUAAAGGCCUGUAGAACAGGGUAAGUAGUAACUGAAAUUUCAGUUAUUACUCCAGGGCUAAAAAGCCCAACCUUAGGUCCUCACUGGAAGAUGCAUGUGAUGUCUGUGCAGAGAGUGGUUUUGGCAGUCGUCUUUCCAGGUCUGUGCAGUACCUUGUGCACUGCUGCACUGGUUCAUAACUGGGCUCCCUCGGAGUUUAAAUCACUGUUGAUGCUAAUGCAGAGCAUAAAGAUGCUGAAGUGCUUAGACCAGAGCUGUUUAUUUUUAAUUCUAUGUGUAAUGGUGGGAAAUUCAUUUGUUUCUUUUUUUUUUUUUUAUGAGUGAGUCUAUUUAAAGUGACACAUUGUGUGAUUUGUAUGAGAAGGUGGGCAGGUCACGCCUUUCCUCAUUUAAUGAGUGAGAUCUGACAGCUAGGAGAUGUCUCAUGCAAAGCCAUUGCCUCUCUGAACUCAUUGUCAUGCACUCUGUUAGGAAGUGGGAUGUUUCCAAAGCAUUUGCACUUCAGAUUUCUCUCAGUCCUGCUUUUUUUUUUUUUGCUUCUUGAAGUGUUAUGUUGAAACUAGAAGGAAUGAUCUGACAUCAGAGCAGCCUCUCCUGCAAGCAAUGAGGAAUCUGAUGGAGCAAGGGUUUAAAGGGUGCCUGGUCCCUGCAGCUGCUGGGCACCCAGAGAAGCAGUCCCUGUGUCACAGAGCUGCCGGGUUCCAGAGUGCUCUCCUGGUUACAGAGCUGCUGGGGUACCUGAGUGCAGAUAGCUCUGCUGCUCGGGCAAGCCUGAGAAGAUGGGCACUUCAGUAUCUCUCUCUGUUGCAAAUCUAUUUGUUUGUACGCAUCUAUUUUUGUAAGAUUCCCCUAAAUUAGGUACCUGUUUACUUCUUGCUGUCAUCUAAUCAGUGACUCAAAGGCUGAUCCUGGCACUCUCUGAAGGCCCAUUCUCUUCUCUUGAAGGGGAUCCUCUGACAGCUGUAGCCGCCAGCUCUUGAUUCUGAGAUGUCAGACUCACCGUUGCACCAGCAUGGGGACGUGCAAGCAGGCUCAGUGCCAGCAGCAUGGGUCUAGAGGCAUCACGGCUAUGUUUACCCAGAGCUGCCUGCUGUGGAUUUACUAGCUUGAGUCAGCACAUUCAUGGGAGUCUCUGCAUUACAUCCCAGCUGUGUUCUUACACUACCCCGUGUUCUUUGCACAGAGAUGCUCUCUGAACUACGUAAAUCUUACUGACUUUGUGCAGACUUUGAAUUUGGGAAUUGCUGUUCCUGCUCUCUCUUGUGUCUUGAGCUAUGUUCAUCAUUAAGGUUGCAUGGUUGGACCCUGGAAAUGGGAUGUCAGUCCCAUUCAGGGAGCAUAAAGGAAGAAGGAGAAUCUCCCAGUUGCUGCUGCUGUGACAGCGAGUGAGAGCACGAGCAGGAAGAUGUCGACAGUCACUUCAGCAAUUCAGGCUCCUCAGGGCCCUGUGAAUCCACCACCUCCGGAGGUCACUAAUCCUAAUAAGCCUGGCCGGAAGACCAACCAAUUGCAAUAUAUGCAAAAUGUUGUUGUAAAGACCUUAUGGAAGCAUCAGUUUGCUUGGCCUUUCUACCAACCUGUUGAUGCAAUUAAAUUGAAUUUACCGGAUUAUCACAAAAUAAUAAAAAACCCCAUGGACAUGGGGACUAUCAAGAAACGCCUGGAACAUAACUAUUACUGGAGUGCCAGUGAAUGUAUGCAGGAUUUCAACACCAUGUUUACAAAUUGUUAUAUUUAUAACAAGCCCACAGAUGACAUCGUCCUUAUGGCCCAAGCCCUUGAGAAGAUAUUUCUGCAGAAGGUUGCUCAGAUGCCUCAGGAGGAAGUCGAAUUAUUACCCCCAGUUCCUAAAGGCAAAGGUCGUAAGCCGUCAGUGGGCACACAGAGUGCAGGAACACAGCAAGCAGUGGCCGUGUCUUCCGUCUCCCCGCCGGCCCCGUUCCAGAGCGUCCCUCCAGCCGUGUCUCAGACGCCCGUCAUCGCUGCCACCCCUGUGCCAACCAUCACUGCUAAUGUCCCACCUGUCACUGCCCCACCUGCCGCUGCUCCCCCUCCGCCUGCUGCUCCGAUAAUGCCUGUGGUUCCUCCUACGCCGCCAGUAGUCAAGAAAAAGGGAGUGAAGCGGAAAGCAGACACGACCACCCCCACCACCUCCGUGAUAACUGCCAGCCGGAGUGAGUCCCCCACGCCCCUCUCAGACCCCAAACAGGCCAAAAUCAUCGCUCGGCGUGAGAGCGGCGGCCGGCCCAUCAAACCACCAAAGAAAGACCUUGAGGACGGAGAGGUCCCCCAGCAUGCAGGGAAGAAGGGCAAACUGUCUGAGCACCUCAAGUACUGUGACAGCAUUCUCAAGGAGAUGCUUUCGAAGAAGCAUGCAGCCUAUGCAUGGCCCUUUUACAAGCCCGUUGAUGCAGAGGCCUUGGAAUUACAUGACUAUCAUGAUAUUAUCAAACACCCCAUGGAUCUCAGUACUGUUAAAAAAAAGAUGGACAGUCGGGAAUACCAGGACGCACAAGGUUUUGCAGCAGAUAUUCGGUUAAUGUUCUCUAAUUGUUACAAGUACAAUCCUCCAGACCACGAAGUGGUAGCCAUGGCCAGGAAGCUCCAGGAUGUCUUUGAGAUGAGGUUUGCAAAGAUGCCUGAUGAGCCUGCAGAGGCCCCUCCUCCUCCUCCUCCAACAGCACCAGUUGUGAGCAAAAGCACAGAGAGCAGUCACAGCAGUGAGGAGAGCUCUUCUGACUCAGACAGCUCAGACUCGGAAGAAGAGCGAGCAACUCGGCUGGCAGAGCUCCAGGAGCAGCUAAAGGCAGUCCAUGAGCAGCUAGCUGCGUUAUCACAAGCACCAGUGAACAAACCAAAGAAAAAAAAAGAGAAGAAGGAAAAAGAGAAGAAAAAGAAAGACAAAGAGAAGGAAAAGGAAAAGCACAAAGUAAAAGCUGAGGAGGAGAAGAAGCCUAAGGUGGCUCAACCACCGAAGCAAACCCAGCAGAAGAAAGCCCCAGCUAAAAAGGCAAACAGCACGACCACAGCUAGCAGGCAGCCCAAGAAAGGAGGAAAACAGGCAUCUGCAACCUAUGAUUCGGAUGAGGAGGAGGAAGGCCUGCCCAUGACCUAUGAUGAGAAACGGCAGCUCAGCUUGGACAUCAACCGCUUGCCUGGGGAGAAGCUGGGCCGAGUGGUGCACAUCAUCCAGUCACGGGAACCUUCCCUCAGGGACUCCAAUCCUGAUGAGAUAGAAAUAGAUUUUGAAACCUUGAAGCCCACAACGUUGCGAGAACUGGAGAGAUACGUGAAAUCUUGUUUACAGAAAAAGCAAAGGAAACCAUUUUCUGCAAGUGGAAAAAAGCAAGCAGCAAAGUCUAAAGAGGAGUUAGCUCAGGAAAAGAAGAAAGAACUAGAAAAACGGCUACAGGAUGUCAGUGGGCAGUUAAACAACAACAAGAAACCUGCAAAGAAAGAGAAAUCUGGCUCUGCUCCCUCUGGGGGCCCUUCCCGGCUCAGCAGCAGCAGCUCCUCCGAGUCGGGCAGCAGCAGCUCCAGCGGCUCCAGCUCAGACAGCAGCGAUUCAGAAUGAGCUACGGACACUUACACGAAACACAGAAUGGACAUCACCCUCACCGAUGCUCUGCAGUGUCCCUUUCUCUCCUUAAAGUACUGCUCUUGUUCCAUGGUGGUCAGGUGUUUGUUUGUUUUUUUUCCUCUCUGACUUUUUUUGUUUGUUUUUUAAUCCAGUGUUAUAAAACGUAUCUUCCAUUUUUCAGGCGCGUUCUUUUUAUGAAUAGGUCGAAGAUCUUUGCAUGUGUGUGACUAGACUUUAUGGCAAACAGUUCCCUUUGCGUAAAGUCUCUAAAAUACAUUUUUACUGAAGAAAUUUGGUUGAAAAUGGAAGAACUUGGAACUCUUUGCAGGAGAUAACUAGUAGGUUUCUGCAGAGUUUGUAGUACGUCUCCCUUCUGCCCCUUCCUUCUCCCCAAACUGUUCUCUUUUAAUAAGCCCACCUGGCUCACACAAGGUAAAAAAGAAAUCUUUGAAGAAAUCUGUAAAAUGGUACUGUAUCUAAAAGAUGUUAGCUUUUGAACUAGUUGGUGUAUUUGUUUAUUAGCACUAGUAUUCUUAAUCUCAAAGUCUACGGUGUGAUGGAAAUGUCAGAUGCUAUCAUCUUUUUACGUCAAAGCAGAAGACACAAAAAGAAAUCUAAUGUACUGUGGGUUGCUAACAUUUUUGUUAAUGGUGGUGGAGGCACAGGCACCUGUUCAGGAAGGUAUUUAAGCAUGAAUUUAAUUAUAAGCACAUAAGCGAUGGAAAUUACACAUACUAAUAUUGCUAGCACUCCAAAUUUCCAUUUUGCUUGGGCAUACAUUGGUAAGAAGGGAGCAAAGGAUGCUCAAGUUUCUUGGGAACGUUAUUUUUAACAUCAAACAGCUAAUUUCCAGGAAAUUGACAUUCUCUAUGAAGGUUUGUGCUUCAGUCGAAAACAGCUCCUGGCUGCAAGUACUCAGCUGGGCCUCAAGGGGUGCUCCCUGCAGUGACCAAGGCGAGCCAUGUGCUCAUUAUUAGACACAUGCUUAAGUACUUUCUCCAUGACAAGCACCUCAGUCUGGGCUUAAAAUAAAAGAGCACUCGAGCUCCAGCUGAGGCUGAGCUGGCAGGGGACUCAGAGAGGGAUGUUGGUUCUUUUUGGUUUCGUUUGUUUCUUUCCCACCCUUUAUCUUUGUAUCUGCAAUGAGCUCCUAGAAAGGGAAUGCUACUUCUGUGUCAUGCAGGGUGCAGGUUUCCAGAUCCUGAAGUGUUUACCUCAAUUAUAUUAAUAAGGGAAAAAAAAGGGGGGGAGGGAGGAGGGAGGGAAGGGUGAGGAUGAGGGGAAGACAGUUUUUUAAGGCUAGCAAUUUCUUACAAGUCAGCCUAAUGUUUUCACCUGCACUGCUGCAAUACACUCCGUUUUCUCUGUCUCACGUGUAUAUAUAAGUACUUUAUUUAUUAAACACAUUGGUCAUUUUAAACUCGCUAAAAGUAAUAAGACCAGCAGAAAUGCAGACUUUUAAUAUGGUUCAAACCAGAUUAAAAAGAAGAGAACACAGAUGUUAUUUAAAUACACUGGACUUUAUACCUACAGGUGCUACGGUCCAGUCUGUUGUGUGUCUGGUGCUCUGUCAUGUCUUGUGUGUUCACUUUGGGUUUUGUUUUCUGUCCUCUCUUUUCAACCCAGCCCCUUCUUUCUUGUUUUGUACAGAUUUUGAAGACGUACAGGUAGAUGUAAUUUCUUAAUGGAACACCUUAUUUGUUGUCUGUAUUAUUUCCACGUGUCUUUCCCCUUCUCCAUUUUUAUUUUAUUUUUUGUGAAACAGUGUUGAUUUUUUUCAUUUUAUAAUCCAGUUUUAGGAAAACAGCAGUUCUGUAACUAUAUAAAGUUUGUAAUCUGAGGGGCAGAAAUUUAUUGUAAAUUCUUAACUUUUUAGCUUUUUAUUGUAAAGAAAAUAUACAGAGUUUAACAGAAAGUUACGCCUUUCCUUCUCCCAGUACCAGCCCCUAUGGCUGCAUCUCUGCUGUGGGUCAGCCCUAAAACUCACCCUGCUGAGGUCUCCAGUGGUGCAGAUUGCACCGAUGCUUAUUUCUCACAUAGGUGAGUGGCUGUCAGUCACUUUGUGCCCAUCAACUGAGGUCUUGCUGGCUGUACCCAGAAGGGUCUACCACUGGAUGCCAUUCAGAUCACACAGCUGGCAUGGCUCUGUCUGUGUCUCUGGACAGUGAAAAUAACACACUCUCUGGAUUUGCUGUAGAAAGGAACUGCCAUUUUCAGCUAAGAGUUGAGAGAAGCUCUGCUGCUGUGAGCAUCCUUGUGUUGUUCUGCUGUCACUGUGUGCUGGGCCCAUUGGCAGGAGCCCUGAAAGUCUUUGCAGGUGGAGUUUCCUUCGUGUUGGGAUCGGAUGAGCUGUAGGGUGCUCUGAUUCUUACUGAAAUGAAUGAUUUUUCUUUUCCAUUAACAAUAAAGUUAUUUUUAGUUGCUAUAUUUUUUUUUUCAUUCCACCCUUACAAAAAAAUCUUCCCCUAGACAGAUACUUAGUAAUAUAUUUUCAGAAUUGACUAUGAGGAGAUGUAAUAUACACCUAAUGAAGAGCUUAGUUGUUUCUUUUAUAAUGGGCUUGGUUUCCAUCUGCGUUUCACCCAGUGUCUAAGACGUGCAUUAUCGAAACUAACCAGUAUUUUAAUUAAUGUGAUUGCAACCACUUGAGUACCACGACAGCAUGGAUAAACAGGCUCCUGGGUUUCCCUGCUGCAAUCCUUCCCCAUGUGCAUUAACUCGAGCUACACCAUCAAUGUGAGGUGAUGGUUGCUGUGGACAGAGGAAGCUCCUAUGCAGAGAGCAGCCCACAGGUGGUGGCUUGGGCUUCCACUGAGUGGAAAGCUUUCAUGGCAAGGAAGGUGUUUCCUAUGAAAUGGCAGCUUGCAGGAGAAAUCCAUUCUGGCACAACCUUUAUUUCAGGAAAAAAUGGUGACUUCACUGCAGAAUGUUCUUAGGAUUUCUUUCAUUUUGUCUGUAGCUCUCGUUGUCUCCCAACAUGUCAUUAGUGAUGCUUCUGUAUCUGCAGAUCAGAGCGUCUCCAGGAAAGAAGAGGUGUUUUCAGUUCACAGUAAUUAGCAGCUGCCCUUAAUCAAGUUGGAAACUGAAAGAAUAGAGCAUUGAUUUCAGUUGGUAUGGCAUGACGUGUCAGUAGGGUGUCACGAAAUCACUUGGAAGUGAUCAAAUGUGUAAGUAACAUUUGAGAUAACAUUUUUAAACUUCAGAAUAAAGAAGACUGGAAUUUUUGCAACUUUUGUUUUCCAGGGGAAAUCUGUGAAAUCACACUGAUUUCAGAGGUACACAUACAGUUGUAUUGAAACUGGUUUUUCCUACGAAUUCCUCUUCUGAGCAGACCCAGUACCCAUCCACCAGCAUUACUACACCUUUAAAACCUGGCUAAGCUUUCUCUGAUGGUCAGGUCAGCCUGUUUCUGGGCAGCCCAUCAGAUGCAAGGCUCAGUGGGCCCAGACCCACACCCUGGGGCUCAGCCCUGCUUUGUCCAUUGAGGAGAUCCAUUGGGUACAGCUGCUUUCUGCUGACCAAACCUUGUCUGUACAGAAUCAGUUUUGUACUGCUGUGAUUUGAAGCUUUCCUACCUAUGGGGUUUGUAGCUGCAGAGCUGAUGUUUCAGGGCUCUGCAGCUGUUGUUUGUGUGUAACAGAUGCGCACACACACACACACACCCCACAUACACAGGCACGUGUGUGCAUGUAUAUAUACAGGUUAGUUACCAGUGAGGUCUCUUCCCAUGUGCUGUGUGGUAGAAGCAGACUGCAGUGACCUCAUUAGUUCUUCGUUUCGGGGACUCUUAGACCAGUUGUGAAUUUUUUUCCUUGUUUUGAAAGGAAUGAUGUUUUCUAAGGCUGGGGUUGGAGCACAGCAAAGAGAAACCACCACCUUUUUGUGCUGGAUUCUGAGCUGUAUUCCAACACGUGGGCAGUUCCCAGUGGGGCUGACUGCAGGCAGGUGCUGCACUGCUGGAGAUAAACCCGGGCUGAGGCUCCAUUCCAUGAGCAGCACUCUCUUGUAAAAAAAAACAACAGGCUGCAUUUUUUUAAACAAGAAAUGGGAUUUGCAUAUCUUUUUAAGUGUCAUUUUUAAAAGAGAAAGAAAGAAACCAGCAGCUCUGGGGUUUGGCACAGGCCGUGGGAGCUCAUCCCUGCUCCUGGCAUCACCAAGCCAGGAAGAUUCACUGUUUGUAUGAUUUUUUUUUUCCCCUUUUUUUAAUAUUUAAAAAACAAAAGCUGUUACUUUUCUGUAUGAUGUGCAUGCAAACUUACCGUAACUCUUUCUUAAAACUUUUUAGUGCCAUUUCUAGUAUAUUCCUGUAAAUGUCAGUUACUGAAGAGAGGAGAAAAAAAAAAAGAAGUCAAUGUAAGUAGUUUAGCUUGUUUAUUGCAAAUUGCUGGCCUCAAACACGACAGAAUUGGAGAAGACAGAAGUUAGGAAGUAAUCUUUGAUGUUACUGGUAAUGGACCCUGGUCCUGGGGCGUCUGUUUUGUUUUCAUAAUAAAAAGACAAAUAGUUC